AUGGCCCGCUCCUCGACCCAGCCUGGGGCGGCCCAAGAAGCGGACCAGCCUCAAGGCCUCCGGCGAGAUUCAUUUCCUCAAUGCACAAGUCAUUGCGAGCGGAUCAUAAAGUCCACUGCAGCCGCUGAUGCCCGCUCUGCCACUUUUCGCUCGCCUUGCCAGGGCACCGCCCUAGUAGGAACCUGUGCCAACGAACCCAAGUACCAGGAGCAGGACAGAGCUUUUGAGUGGAUUGCUGCUGGUAGCACGGAGCAUGUCAGUAUGCGCUACAAAGCCCUGCUCUCUCGCAGCCACCUGUUCAUCACCGCCCGAAGCUUCAUCACGAGUCUGUCACAGGUGUCAAAGGAUUCCUUUCUUCGCGCCCCUCAGCAGCUUCAAGCAAGCCUUCGCAAGCAUCUUCUUCUCAACACAGUUUUCCCACUUCUCAACAGAGCUUCCGCCCAUCGACGUCCGAAGCCCAUGGGCUGGUUUUGGGGGUUCUUAGUGCCCCCAGCGGAGCGGCCCAGAGGGCCCAAAAGGUGGGGAGGAGCUCCAGUGGCCCUGGCGUGCUGCCUCGUGGCAAGGUGUCUUUGGAGCAGUGCGGACACGACGGCUGCCGUAAACGCGCUGCCGGCAUCUGACAAGCUGACCAGCAACUCCACCGUAGCGCCCGAGCACAUUUGGCUGCUCCCUCUUGAGACGGAGCUCUGGGUGAAGCGCGUUCAGCGCCGGCGGCUGAUCAAGAUUUUGAAUCAGCUGACCGAGACUCGGAAGUACCUCCGCACGGCCAAGGAGCUGGAGCAGCAGGGCCCCGAUGGCUCCCACCUGGUGAACCAGCCGGAGAUCCCCGAGAUGGUGCAGACGGCUCCACCCAAGGAGCUGCCGCAGCUCCUGGCAGUGGAGGACCGGAUCCGUCGCCUGCGCCAUCUCCGGCGAAUCGCCAUGGCACGCAGGGCUGCACGUAUGAGCGCCCAGAAGCUGGAGCUGCUGCGAGCGCCGGUGAAGCAUGCGGCCCUUCGUUCUGCACAGUACGCUGCCACGGGCCUUCUGGCCCUGCGCUGCGCGGAUGAGGUGGUGUCACGAAUCAACUGUGAGGUGGAGGAUCCACUCACAGCGCAGAGACAUGUCGCCGCGCUCCAGAAGAAAGUGGACGCCUGGCUCGAGAUGCGCGAAAGUGCUUCGCCUCUGUUUAGCUACCUCCAGCCCUUCUUCGACUACCAGAUGCAGGUCUGGGCCAUUCGAGGCCUGCAGCGCCACAUCUUCUCCUCGAAGGUGAAAGAUGCAGAGAGUAACAUGCGGACGCCAGAUGUGGCACUGGAGGAUGUCGCUGGCAUUGGAACGGCCAAGGCAGAAGCUUUGGAGAUCGUCGAGUGCCUCAUGGCGCCUGCGAGGUUCGCGAGCUUGGGCGCCAAGUGCCCGAAGGGCCUCCUUUUGACCGGCCCGCCCGGUUGCGGGAAGACGCUACUGGCCAAAGCCAUAGCUUCCACUGCGGCCGUGCCAUUUUUGUCUCGCUCAGGCGCCGACUUCAACGGCCGCUUUGCAGGUACCGGGACGAACCUGGUGAAGGAGCUGUUUGCAAUGGCCCGCCGCAUGUCUCCUGCAGUGAUCCUCAUCGACGAGCUGGACUACAUCGGCCGCCGCCGGGGCGAGGAGCGAGGGGGAGGCCUGGAAACCGAUCGAUCAGCAGCUUUGACCCAGCUGCUGGCGGAGAUGGAUGGGUUUGCCUCGGCCGAGGGUGUCGUCGUCAUCGGGACCACGAACAGACCGGACAUUCUUGACAAGGCCCUGACCAGACCCGGAAGGUUCGACCGGAAGGUCACUGUGCCACUGCCUGACGUCAAGGGCCGCUUCCAGAUCCUGAGGAUGCACGCCAAGCGCCUGGUGCUCGAGAGAGGAUCCCAGCGACUCACUGGAGUGGAUGUUUCCUCUGCCUCGCCAGAUUGGAUGGCCUGGGCGAAACGGACGACCGGCUUCUCCGGCGCCGACUUGGCCGGUCUGGUCAACGAGGCGGCCAUGGCCGCAGCUCGUGAAGGUGCAGCCGGCGUCGCGGAGAGGCACCUCCAGGUGGCCUACAGCAAGUUGCUCAUUGGCCUCCCUUCCGGGCGCCAUCAGUCUGCGGCAGAGAUGAACCUGACGGCCUUUCACGAGGCGGGUCAUGCCGUGGUGAAUGAGGUGAUGCGGGUCUCCCUGGGAGAGCAAGGUGUCACUGGCUUCCGGACCGUGGCCCACGUGAGUAUCGUUCCUGCAGGGCAGACCGGCGGCGUGACGCAGUUCGCCGAUCCCGAAGAGACCAGCCGUCUUCCCCACUCCCGGCGGAUUCUCCUGGCUAUGCUGGCGGUCGACAUGGGUGGGCGUGCAGCGGAGGAGCUGGUGCUUGGCAAGGGCCAGGCGACGAUGGGUGCGGAAGCUGACAUCGACGAUGCCACUCGCUUGGCGACGGAGAUGGUGGCGUCCGGUGGACUUUCCAAGGCCGUGGGGCCGAGAUCACUUCGUUCAGGAACUCAGCCGUCCCAGGCUCUCCUGUCUGAAGUGGAUGCAGAGGUCAAGGAGCUCCUUGACAAGGCCUUGCUGCUGGCGGGUACAGCCAUUGCACGGAACCGCGAGCUUCAUGCGGCCAUCGCUGAGGUGCUGAUACAGCACGAGACGCUGGACGGAGAGGAAUUCCAGCGAGUGGUGCGCGAGCACCCGCCCACACCGAUCAAGCUGUGA